AUGGCACCAAAAGAUGAAGAGCUUCAUCGCAUUUCGUACACCCAAGGGUAUUUAUUGUUACAAAGUGAUGCCUUUCGGUUUGAAAAAUGCGGUGCCACAUAUCAAAGGGCUAUGCAGAAUAUCUUUGAUGAUUUGCUCCACAAAAAUGUUGAAUGUUAUGUGGAUGACUUGGUGGUAAAAUCAAGAAAGAGGAGCGACCACUUGCAAGACACGAGAAUGGUGUUCGAGCGACUUCGGAGAUAUCAACUUCGAAUGAAUCCAUUGAAAUGUGCCUUUGGAGUUACUUCUGGAAAAUUCCUUGGUUUCAUUGUUCGACAUCGAGGAAUCGAAAUUGAUCAAGCCAAAGUUGAUGCGAUUUUGAAAAUGCCUGAGCCUCGAAAUAUUCAUGAGUUAAAAAGUCUGCAAGGGAAGCUAGCUUACAUUAGGAGAUUCAUUUCGAAUUUAGCUGGAAGGUGCCAACCAUUCAGUCAUCUCAUGAAGAAGGGUGUUCCUUUCAAAUGGGACACAUCAUGUACUAAUGCCUUCAAAAGUAUAAAGUCAUAUUUAAUGAAGCCUCCGGUUCUAGUAGCCCCUGUGCCAGGAAAACCAUUGAUACUGUACAUUUCAGCACAAGAAAGGUCGGUUGGAGCGUUGUUGGCCCAAGAGAAUAGCGAAGGGAAAGAAAAUUCUCUUUACUACUUGAGCAGAAUGAUGACACCUAAUGAGCUGAAUUACACGCCAAUUGAAAAGUUGUGUUUGGCGCUAGUCUUCUCGAUUCAAAAGUUGAAGCACUACUUUCAAGUUCAUAGUGUUAAUCUUAUUUCCAUAGCAAAUCCCAUCAAGUUUUUGAUGUCAAAACCAGUCCUCAGUGAUCAACUAGCAAGGUGGUACCUCCAGUUUCAACAAUUUGAGAUCACAUACAUCCCUCAAAAGGCUGUAAAAGGACAGGCAUUGGCGGACUUCUUGGCGGAUCACCCGAUACCUGAUGAUUGGGAGCUAACCGAUGAACUUCCUGACGAAGAUGCAAUGGUCGUUGAAAUUCAAUCUCCGUGGAAAAUGUACUUUGAUGGUGCUGCACAACGUGAUGGAGCUGGUGCUGGUGUGGUGUUUGUUACUCCGCAGGGAGAAGUUCUACCAUACUCCUUUACUUUGACACAACGUUGCUCCAACAAUGUCGCUGAAUAUCAAGCACUAAUACUUGGACUUGAAAUGGCCGUGGACAUGAAGCGAGCUUGCAGCGAGUUGCAAGUCUUUAGUAACUCUCAGUUGGUGAUCGAUCAACUCUUGGGAAGCUACGAAGUCAAGAAGCUCGAAUUACUCCCCUAUCAUGGUUAUGCUCAGAAGUUGAUAGGAUGGCUUGUACCUCCGUCAAAUGAGGACGAAGGCGCGGAAAGUGAGCUUGAGCAUCUCGUAGCUGUUUCUGAAGCUGCAAAGGAAGACUGGCGACAACCCAUCAUUGACUACUUAAGUUAUGGGAUACUGCCAGAAGACUCAAGAAGAAGAACUGAGAUUCGUCGUCGUGCACCUCGAUUCCUUUACUACAAGGAUACCUUAUAUAGAAGAUCUUUUGAGGGGAUACUCUUGCGAUGUUUGGGGGAGGAUGAAGCAGUCCAAGCUUUGCAAGAAGCACAUUCAGGAGUAUGUGGAUCACAUCAAUCCGGGACCAAAGCUCCACUUCCACAUAAAAAGGAUGGGAUAUUAUUGGCCAACGAUGGUGAAAGAUUGCUUGGACUAUGCUCGAAGAUGCAAGGCUUGUCGCUUUCAUGCGAAUUUUAUACAUCACCGCCCGAAGCAUUACACCCGACCGUAGCAUCUUGGCCAUUUGACGCUGGGGGUUGGAUGUCGUUGGUCCGUUGCCGAAAUCUUCGGUGGACACCGUACAUCUUAGCCGCAACCGAUUACUUCUCAAAAUGGGCCGAAGCUGUCGCUCUUAAAGAAGUGAAGAAGGAGAAUGUCGCGAACUUCAUCCGAGUAAACAUCAUCUACCGCUUCGGCAUUCCUCGUUACAUAAUAACGGACAAUGGCAAGCCAUUUGAUAACAAAUUGAUGAACAAGAUUUGUGAUCUCUUCGGCUUCAAGCAGCGUAAAUCUUCUAUGUAUCAUGCUGCCGCCAACGGUCUAGCCGAAGCGUUCAAUAAGACUUUGUGUAACUUGUUGAAGAAGGUUGUCUCCAAGUCCAAAAAGGAUUGGCAUGAACGAAUGGAAGAAGCCUUGUGGGCAUAUAGGACAACUUACCGCACACCAACGCAAGCAACCCCGUACUCGCUUGCUUAUGGAGUUGAAGCAGUCCUACCACUUGAGCGCCAAAUACCUUCUUUACGACUUGCUAUUCAAGAAGGGCUGACCGAAGAGGAAAAUGCUCGAUUGCGUCUUGCAGAGUUAGAAGCACUUGAUGAGAAAAGGCCGGAGGCUCAACAAAAUCUUGAAUGUUAUCAAGCCCGUCUAUCUCGUGCCUUCAACAAAAAGGUUCGCUUGAGGUCCUUCCAAGUGGGAGAUCAAGUCCUUGCGUAA